CCUGCCUGCCGUCCCCAGCACAGGAGAGAGCGAGGCUAGCUGUCUGACCCAGGGAUUUCCUGCAGGAGUCACUGAGAUUCUGAUGAACAGACCUCGUGCCCGCAAUGCCCUGGGGAACAUCUUGGUCGACCAGCUGCAGGAAGCUCUGGUCCAGCUGCGGGAGGACCGGCAAGUGCGUGUCCUGCUCUUCAGAAGUGGAGUGAAGGGCGUAUUCUGUGCAGGUGCAGACCUGAAGGAGCGCGAGCGGAUGAGUGAGGCCGAGGUGGGGAUCUUUGUCCAGAGACUUCGAGGCCUUAUGAAUGAGAUCGCUGCCUUUCCUGCGCCCACCAUUGCAGCUAUGGAUGGGUUUGCCCUGGGCGGAGGCCUGGAGCUUGCCCUGGCCUGUGACCUCCGAGUAGCAGCAGCUUCCUCAGCUAUCAUGGGGCUGAUCGAGACCACUCGAGGGCUCCUCCCAGGAGCAGGAGGGACUCAGAGGCUGCCCCGCUGUCUGGGGGUGCCCCUGGCCAAGGAGCUCAUCUUCACCGGCCGGCGACUGACUGGGGAGCAGGCCCAGGCACUGGGGCUGGUGAAUCAUGCUGUGGCCCAGAAUGAAGAGGGUGACGCCGCCUACCAGCGGGCUCGAGCACUGGCCCGGGAGAUCCUGCCCCAGGCCCCCAUUGCUGUGCGGCUGGGCAAAGUAGCCAUUGACCGAGGAAUGGAGGUGGACAUUGCAUCAGGGAUGGCCAUUGAAGAAAUGUGCUAUGCCCAGAACAUCCCAACGCGGGACCGGCUGGAAGGCAUGGCAGCCUUCAGGGAGAAGCGACCCCCCGAAUUUGUUGGCGAGUGACUCUACUAACCUUAAGCAUGGGCAACACAUGCCUUAAAGCGCAGUUCCAGAGGGAACUGCAGAGCGACUGCCCUCAUCAUCCGUAUCAUCUCUCUGGACUUCUGUUUCUUCACAAAGAUCAAGGAUAUAAAGUGACUGGUGGCCAUACCAAGGUGCGACCACAUCACCUACUACUACCACCUCCUAUACCCCUGCCCUGCUAGACAG